GAGUGCGAAGUUCAAGGAUGUGGUAUGUAUUGAGUGAAGUUUCAGGGUGUCCCAUGCACAGAGUGGCAGGGUUCAGGGGUGCACUACAUGCCAAGUGCAUGGUUCAGGGGUGCACAAUGUAACCAGCACAGUUUCAGAGGUGCGCUACGUACAGGCUGCAGCAUUCAGGGUGCGUUACGUACAGAGUGCAGGGUUCAGGGGUGUGUUACGUACAGAGUGCAGGGUUCAGGGGUGCGUUACGUACAGAGUGCAGGGUUCAGGUGUGCGCUACGUACAGAGUGCAGGGUUCAGGUGUGCGCUACGUACAGAGUGCAGGGUUCAGGUGUGCGCUACGUACAGAGUGCAGGGUUCAGGAUGCGCUACGUACAGAGUGCAGGGUUCAGGGGUGCGCUACAUACAGAGUGCAGGGUUCAGGGGUGCGCUACGUACAGAGUGCAGGGUUCAGGGUGCGCUACAUACAGAGUGCAGGGUUCAGGGGUGCGCUACGUACAGAGUGCAGGGUUCAGGGGUGCGCUAGGUACAGAGUGCAAGGUUCAGGGGUGCGCUACAUACAGAGUGCAAGGUUCAGGGUGCGCUACGUACAGAGUGCAGGGUUCAGGGGUGCGCUACGUACAGAGUGCAGGGUUC